AUGGAGCAAUCACAAACGUUACGAGAGCUGAAUUUCAACUGUGAAUUGCCGCCCCUUUGUAUUGACUAUCCAACCAUGGAUAUGUCUUACAAAUUGAAGCCAAGAGUAAUCCACGGAAAGGCAAAAGAAUGGUUCUUAAGACUACCACCCAAAUCCAUAAAAUCUUGGAAAGAGAUGGAGACAGUAUUUUUGAACAAAUAUUUUCCGGAAGCUAAGCGUGCUGAUGUCAGAAGAAAGAUCAACACUUGUCAACAAUUGAAAGGCGAAAAGUGGUACCAAUACUGGGAGAGAUAUAACCAGAUCUGCGCAAGCUGCCCCUACCACAACAUCAGCAAAGCACUUUUGAUCCAACACUUAUAUGAUGGCCUUAUUUAUGAAGAUCGCACUUAUGUCGAUGCUACCAGUGGAGGAGGACUUACAUUCAAAACCCCUAAAGAAGCAAGAAAGCUGCUCAACACUAUGGUGGAAAAUAUACAUAAAUUUGGUACAACCAAUGAAGCCGAUGCAACAAAGGACUCAGAGAUAGCAGAAAUUCGAAGAGAGUUAAAGGAGGUGACUACUCAAUGCGGAAAUUUAGCAAAGAUGUUUGCUGAAUUUAUGAGUGUUUGUUCACAACCUUCUAUUCAAAAAAGAGGAAUCAAUGCUAUUGAAGAAACUCAGCAUUGGAUGCAAUUGCCUAAAGUACCUGCGAUGUCAACAAUUCCAACACCUAUUUUUCCUAAAACCCUACCACCGAUUGAUGUGUUCAAUGAUCCAAUUCAAGGAAAGAUGGAGACUUCGACCGAGAUCAGAGAAGGUGUACCUGCCGCAAACGAUGAACAUCAACAAUCAGAAGAAGAAUGGAUGGAGGAGAUGCAAGUUAAGUAUGAUCCACUACCAUUCCCUCAAAGCUUUGCUCAACAACUCAAUUUACUUCGGAAAUUAGAGGUAAACAUUCCUUUAGUUGAUGAAAUAGUCAAAGUACCAAGUAUAGGAAAGAAUGAAGUAGGUAAUGCUAUGUGUGAAUAUGGAUCUUUGAUUAAUAUCAUGCCUUAUUCUGUUUAUAAGCAAUUGAAAAUAGAACCUCUGCUCGAAACUGAUCUUAUUAUCCAAUUUGCUGAUAGAACUAACCAUAAACCUGAAGGUUUAGUUGAGAAUGUUUUAGUGCAGAUAGGAGAUUUUGUUUUUCCUGCAGAUUUCUAUGUCUUGAAGAUGAGUGAGGAUGACAUUCAUCUACCUCAAAUGCCACUACUGUUAGGAAGACCGCUUCUGAUUGCAGCAAGUAUGGAAUUCAAUGCAAAAGAAGGAACAAUCACUAUGGAAUUAGAUGGAAAGCCUAUUGUAAUCAACAUAAGUGAAGCAAUGAAAGCUCCUGCCGAAAUUCAUUCUAUCUAUUCCAUUGACACAAUUGGUACUUACUCAGAAGAAGUACAAGCACUCAAUCAAGAAGAUGAACUUGAAGUGAUCCUCACCAAAAGUUUACAUCAACAAGACGUUGAAGAAGCAGAAGUCGAGAUGCCAAAAGAGAUAGCAGAAACUGUCAGCCAACUAUCAUUUAAUGAAGAGGUGGAGACGAUUUCUUACAUCAAUCUGGAGCCAACGCCCAAGCCGUUACCAUCCAUCAUUCAACCUCCAGAAGUCAAGCUGAAACCGCUUCCUGAAGGCUUGAAACAUGUUUUCCUUGGAGAUAAUGACACCCUGCCUGUUGUUAUUUCAACUGAUAUCAAAGGAAUAAGUCCUACUGUAUGCAUGCAUAGGAUUCGACUUGAAGAUGAUGCAGUAGCAGUUCAACAGCCGCGAAGAAGACUAAAUCCGAAUCUUGCUGAAGUUGUUAAAGAUGAAGUUCUUAAAUUACUUGGAGCUGGUCUCAUUUAUGCUAUAUCAGAUAGUAAAUGGGUCAGUCCGGUCCAAGUAGUUCCAAAGAAGUCCGGUUUCACUGUCAUAGAAAACAAGGAUGGAGAGCUAGUUCCUCAAAGAUUGCAAAAUGGAUGGAGAGUAGGCAUUGACUACAGAAAGCUGAAUUCCGCCACAAGAAAAGAUCACUUUCCGCUGCCAUUCAUUGAUCAGAUGUUGGAAAGAUUAGCUUGCAAGGCCUACUAUUGUUUUCUGGACGGAUACUCGAGAUACUUUCAAAUUCCAAUUACACCUGAAGAUCAAGAGAAGACCACGUUUACAUGCCCUUUUGGUACGUAUGCUUACACAAAAAUGCCUUUUGGUUUAUGCAAUGCACCUGCAACUUUUCAAAGGUGCAUGAUGAGCAUCUUUCAAGAUUAUGUGGGAGAUAAGAUGGAAGUUUUCAUGGAUGAUUUCACAGUCUAUGGAGAUAACUUCAAUCAAUGUCUCAAUAAUCUAGAACUCAUCUUGAAAAGGUGUGUUGAAACCAAAUUGGUAUUGAAUGCCGAAAAAUGUCACUUCAUGGUAGAACAAGGCAUUGUUCUAGGCCAUGUAGUAUCCAAAGAGGGGAUGCAAGUCGAUAAAGCCAAAGUCAACGUUGUACAGAACCUGGCAAGUACAUAUUGGAGUGUUUCGAGGCAAAAGGAGCUAAAUUGGAGCUAUUUAGAACAAGUUGGAAAAAUUUUGUUUCAACCUGAGGCGGGUCGAAAUCAAGCUAAAAAUUCUCCUGUUUCGACCCUACGGAAGGUCGAAACAGGGCUGUGA